CACAAUCUAAAACCCUCCAGGACUCCAGAUCCCGCUCAAUCUUCUCAGCAAAUGAAACGCGUUCAGGACUCGAACGCCCUGGCGUCCCCAACAAUCUGCCGCCAUCAAUACCCUUCUAUUUCUUCCGGAGCUUCAAAACAAAUAAAACCAUAGAAACAACACAAUACUCCUUUCACUGUCUUAAUCCAAAAAAGGGAAACCAAAAUCUCCUUAAUUUCGAGGAUUCUCUACGAUGUCCGAAUUCGUAUUAAUACGCGAUUAAUCUCCGAAAUCUUCACUCACUCGCCGUUUGGAUUUUUUCGCAGUUUUCUUCCCCAAGUAAUCCGACAAUUUCCGCAUCUGCCAUCGUCGAUUUCGCUGUUCGAUCUCGGAUUCGUUUGUUUGAAAUCUUCAUUUGUAGGAAUCGGACAGGUUUCGGCGAUUUUUAGGGCACGGAGAUUGUUAAUCAAUGGCGCGAGCCCGCAGGGACGCCAAGUUCGGGCCGGGCCAUCUGAGGGGUUAUUACAGGGAGGGCGGGAGACAGGCGUGGAGCUUGACUGCCGAUCCUGGCGGGCCGCCGUCUCCGGCCGGCGGAGACAGGGCGGCGGGCGGCGGUUGCGCCGCCGAUUCCGGUACGAGUGGAGAAAAGCAUCUGUCAGAUUUGGAGUUGAUGAGGGAAAGGUUCGCGAAGUUGUUAUUAGGCGAGGACAUGUCGGGUAGCGGGAAAGGUGUUUCGUCGGCUAUGGCAUUGUCGAAUGCGAUCACGAACUUGGCAGCUUCAGUGUUUGGAGAACAAAAGAAAUUAGAGCCAAUGUCGGAGGAGACACGAGCAAGGUGGACGAAAGAGAUCGAUUGGCUAUUAUCCGUUACAGAUUACAUCGUCGAAUUCAUUCCGACGACACAACGGUUGAAAGACGGGCGUACCGUCGAGGUAAUGACGAUGAGGCAAAGACGAGACCUCCAAAUGAACAUACCGGCGUUGCGCAAGCUUGAUACGAUGCUCCUUGAUUGUCUCGACAACUUCAGCGACAUAGACGAAUUUCACUACGCGACCAAGAAUGACGACGAGCAAGAAAGACAUGACGACAAGUGGUGGAUUCCGACCCCUAAGGUUCCCCCCAACGGUCUAUCUGACGCUACCCAAAAAUGGUUCUUACAGCAAAAAGAUUCGGUGAAUCAAGUUCUGAAAGCUGCCAUGGCGAUAAAUUCGCUCGUCUUGUCUGAAAUGGAGAUCCCAGGAAGCUACAUCGAGUCUCUCCCUAAGAAUGGGCGAGAUUGCCUCGGGGAUUCGUUGUACAAGAUCCUCGCCGACGAUUCGUUCGACCCGGGCUAUUUCCAACGGCUAUGGAGCUCGUCUUCCGAGCACAAAAUCGUCGACGUCAAGAACAAGAUCGAAGCGUCGGUCAUGAUAUGGAAAAGGAAACUCAACGCUAAAGACGGAAAAACGUCGUGGGGUUCGGAGAAACGGGGGAUGAUCGAGGAACGCGCCGAGACCGUUCUGCUAAUGCUGAAGCAUUGGUAUCCCGGGCUCCCGCAAUCUGAUCUCGAAAUAUCGAAAAUCCAAUGCAACACCGAUGUGGGGCUGGCAAUUCUCGAGAGCUACUCGCGGGUGAUCGAGGGGUUGGCGUUCACGAUCCUGUCAAGAAUCGAGGAUGUGCUGCAUGCGGACACGAUCGCGAGGAAUUCGAUUUUGGAACAAAGUAGGCAUUCUUACAACCAUCCUCUCGAUUUUAAGAAAGUAAAUGAUUGCAGCGACGACGAUGACAACGACGACGACGAUGAUGAGUCUGCGAAGACAGUUAAUUCGAUGACAUUGCUCGAUUUUAUGGGUUGGAGCUUAGACGACGACCCGAAGAAAGGUGUUCAAGAAGAAAUCGUCGAGAAGAGCAAGAAAAUGUCGUACAUUGAGAAAUUAGGUAACUCCGGCGGCUUGAGAAGCCCGGCUCGGCGCGAUUGAAGUCGAAGCAUCGAGAGGCGAUAAACGAGGUUAUAAAGGUUUCCAAAUGUCGGUGGAUAUGAAUGUGAUUAUCUGAGGACUGGAUCAAGCUUCCUGAUCGGUGAGUAUGGCGUGGUUUAGCGGGAAAGUCUCUCUG